GCAACAGGUCCUAAUGGAGCAGAGUGCCAAUGCCCAUCAACUGGCAGUUGGUAUUUGGCCAACAACAACAAAGAUUGCAUUGUAGACAAUGCCACAAGGUGCCAGAGUGGGCAGUUCACGUGUCUUAAUGGCCGUUGCAUCCCAGAGAGCUGGAAAUGUGACAAUGAUAAUGACUGCAGGGAUGGCAGCGAUGAACUGGAACGUGUAUGCGUCCGUUUUGCAGCUGUAUUUGCUCUAGCAGCCUUUCAUACCUGCUCACCGACGGCGUUCACAUGUGGCAAUGGAAAGUGCGUUUCCUAUCUUUACCGCUGUGACCAUUAUAAUGAUUGUGGUGAUAACAGCGAUGAGGUUGAAUGUAUUUUCAGGACCUGUGACCCAAACACUGAAUUUUCCUGUAACAAUGGAAGGUGCAUCUCCCGCUCCUAUGUAUGUAAUGGAGUGAAUAACUGCUAUGACAAUGGCACAUCAGACGAGAGAAACUGCCCCGAUCGCACAUGUCAAUCUGGAUACACCAAAUGUCAGAGCACCAACAUUUGCAUUCCUCGAACUUAUCUUUGUGACGGGGAUAAUGACUGUGGAGAUAUGAGCGAUGAAAGCCCCACUCACUGUGCUACAUUAACAUGUACAGAGAGUGAAUUCCGCUGUGCCUCUGGGCGCUGCAUUCCCGGACAUUGGUACUGUGAUCGGGGAGUGGACUGUGCCGAUGGCUCAGACGAACCAUCAUCUUGUGUGGCUCAUGUGCGGACAUGUUCAAGUGACCAGUUCAGGUGCGAUGAUACCCGCUGUAUCCCAGCAACAUGGGUUUGUGAUGGUGAUAACGACUGUGGCGAUAUGAGUGAUGAGGACCAGAGACAUAACUGUGCCAACCGCAGCUGUGCCCCAACAGAAUUCACCUGUAUCAACAAUAGACCCCCCGAGAGAAGGUGUAUUCCACGGUCUUGGGUCUGUGAUGGAGAUGCAGAUUGCUCUGAUGCCUAUGAUGAACAUCAGAAUUGCACAAGAAGAUCCUGUUCCAGUACGGAAUUUGCCUGUAGCAAUGGGCUGUGCAUCAGAAGCAGCUUCAGGUGUGACAGACGCAAUGACUGUGGAGAUAGCAGCGAUGAAAGAGGAUGCACCUAUCCACCCUGUCAGCAGCACCAGUUCACCUGUCAGAAUGGCCGUUGUAUCACCAGGGCCUAUGUCUGCGAUGGGGACAAUGAUUGUGGAGACGAGUCCGAUGAACUGGAACAUCUCUGCCGCACUCCAGAGCCAACCUGUGCACCACACUCCUUUAAAUGUGACAAUGGCCACUGUAUUGAAUCUGUCAAAGUCUGCAACCGGAUAGAUGAAUGCUCAGAUAACAGCGAUGAGAAAGGAUGUGGCAUUAAUGAGUGUAAUGAUCCCUCAAUCAGCAGCUGUGACCAUAACUGUACGGAUACACAGACC